UAAUAUUCGAGCGCCGAUUCCGACUCUCUCUUCAGCUCAUCUCCCCCCAGAUUCCCAAUUUUCGUCGAUUUCGAAAUCCUAACCCUAGCCCUAGAUUUCCAUUGAUUUUUUUCUCUAGGGUUAAUUUUGAGCAAUGAGUUUCUUUCGAAGUGUUACAGCGCUCUCGAAGCUCCGAUCUCGCCUCGCUCAGCAGUCAACUACGUUGGGUUCGGUUCGUUGGAUUCAAAUCCAGAGCGCUUCGGAUCUCGAUCUCCGUUCACAAUUACAGGAACUGAUCCCAGAGCAACAGGAACGCCUGAAGAAACUGAAAUCAGAACAUGGAAAAGUUCAACUUGGUAACAUCACUUUGGACAUGGUUAUUGGUGGAAUGAGAGGAAUGACUGGAUUACUGUGGGAAACAUCAUUACUUGAUCCUGAUGAGGGUAUUCGUUUUAGGGGGCUCUCUAUUCCUGAGUGUCAGAAAGUUUUACCUACUGCAAAUGGAGGGGAGGAGCCAUUGCCUGAGGGUCUUCUGUGGCUUCUCUUGACUGGAAAGGUACCUAGCAAAGAGCAAGUUAGUGCACUAUCAAAGGAAUUGCAGAGCCGCUCAACUGUUCCAGAUCAUGUUUAUAAAGCAAUAGAUGCUCUUCCUAUAAAUGCUCACCCAAUGACGCAAUUCACCACUGGAGUCAUGGCACUUCAGGUUCAAAGUGAAUUCCAAAAGGCAUAUGAUGGUGGCAUCUCAAAAGCAAAAUAUUGGGAGCCUACAUAUGAGGACUCUUUAAAUUUGAUUGCUCGACUUCCAAUUGUGGCAUCUUAUGUUUAUCGGAGGAUUUAUAAGAAUGGGCAGAUUGUACCUGCUGACAAUUCUCUAGAUUAUGGUGCAAAUUUUUCUCAUAUGCUUGGAUUUGAUGAUCCAAAAAUGCUGGAGUUGAUGAGGCUCUAUGUUACCAUUCACAGUGAUCAUGAAGGGGGGAAUGUUAGCGCACAUACUGCUCAUCUGGUUGCUAGUGCCCUUUCGGAUCCAUACCUUUCAUUUGCAGCUGCUCUGAAUGGUUUAGCUGGCCCACUCCAUGGCUUGGCUAAUCAGGAAGUGUUACUGUGGAUAAAAUCUGUUGUAAAGGAGCGUGGAGAAAACAUUUCAACUGAACAGUUGAAGGACUACGUGUGGAAAACAUUAAAAAGUGGCAAGGUUGUUCCUGGCUUUGGUCAUGGGGUCCUACGUAAAACAGAUCCAAGAUACACAUGCCAGAGGGAAUUUGCAUUGAAACAUUUGCCAGAUGAUUCUCUCUUCCAGCUGGUUUCGAAGUUGUAUGAAGUUGUUCCUCCAAUCCUUACAGAGCUUGGGAAGGUCAAGAAUCCAUGGCCUAAUGUUGAUGCCCACAGUGGUGUUCUGCUGAAUUAUUUUGGUCUCUCUGAAGCUAGGUAUUACACGGUACUUUUCGGCGUUUCAAGGAGCAUUGGGAUUUGCUCACAGCUGAUAUGGGAUCGUGCUCUCGGUUUACCGCUUGAAAGGCCGAAGAGCGUGACUAUGGAAUGGCUUGAGAAUCACUGCAAGAAAGCUGCUUAAAGCCAUGAGCAUCAAGAGCUGAGUUUACAUCACAUACAUCUUACAUAAUAAAGGAACCGAGCUUGGGCUUGGUUGAGUCUUCUUGAGCUUCAUUUUACAGUAAUAUGGGAAGGCGAAAUUAUUUGAUCAAUCAUUUUUACUUUAAACCUCAGUAUCAUAUGAUUCUUUUUCGUGAUUUCAUUCAACCACAGUGUAGCCAACUCCUGGCUCCAGAUUGACAACUUGGUCCAAUAAGGGUGUAUCCGUAUUUAUCUGUGUUCUGAGUGAACUGUUUACUCUUUUAAUUAGUUGAUUUUGUAGAGCUUAUGCAUUGUUAUAAUUAAGCAACUGUCCGCCUUUUUAA